GUCAGGCAUCUGUAAUGUAUGCUGAGGAAAUGUGGAUACCAAAAAUUGAUUUUAUUGGAGGACCGAGAGGAAAAAAAUCAGAGUGCUUGGAGUCGUAUUUGAAGACGAAUUACAUUAUUUGGCAGUACACAAAGUUUGUGACUUGUUUUGCUGAAAUAGCUUUCAACAUUUCGAAAUUGGUGUACUCUGUUGUCCUUAAUGACUUUCCUGGUCAUCGGCACUUAUUCAGGAGUGUCGAUUUCCCUCUCAGUAGAUAUGGAAGAUUGAUUCCUGACACUCUCAGAUAUUCUCUGCUGUAACUUCUACUCUGCUAAAAGCUAGAAUGAAACAGUUACCUGCAGCAACAGUUCGCCUCCUUUCAAGUUCCCAGAUAAUCACUUCAGUGGUUAGUGUUGUAAAAGAGCUCAUUGAAAAUUCCUUGGAUGCAGGUGCCACAAGCAUAGAUGUUAAACUGGAGAAUUACGGAUUUGAUAAAAUUGAAGUGCGAGACAAUGGUGAAGGUAUCAAGGCCACUGAUGCACCUGUAAUGGCAGUGAAGUACUACACUUCAAAAAUAAAUAAUCAUGAAGAUCUUGAAAAUUUGACAACUUAUGGUUUUCGUGGCGAAGCCUUAGGAUCAAUUUGUUGUGUAGCUGAGGUUUUAAUUACAACUAGGACAGCUGCUGAUAAUUUUAGCACCCAGUAUGUUUUAGAUGGCAGUGGCCACAUAAUUUCUCAAAAACCUUCACAUCUUGGUCAAGGUACAACUGUAACUGCUUUAAGAUUGUUUAAGAAUUUACCUGUAAGAAAGCAAUUUUACUCAACUGCUAAAAAAUGUAAAGAUGAAAUAAAAAAGAUCCAAGAUCUCCUCAUAAGCUAUGGAAUACUUAAACCUGACUUAAGGAUUAUUUUUAUACAUAACAAGAUUUAUCUAAGUGGAUUUCUUCCAAAGCAUGAUGCAGACCACUCUCUCACAAGUCUUUCAACCCCAGAAAGGAGUCUCAUUUUUAUAAACAGUCGACCAGUACACCAAAAAGACAUAUUAAAGUUAAUCCGGCGUUACUACAAUCUGAAGUGCCUAAAGGAAUCUACUCGUUUGUAUCCUAUUUUCUUUCUGAAAAUUGAUGUUCCUACAGCUGAUGUGGAUGUAAAUUUAACACCAGAUAAAAGUCAAAUAUUAUUGCAGAAUAAGGAAUCUGUUUUAAUUGCUCUUGAAAAUCUAAUGACGACUUGUUACGGAUCACUACCUAGUACACAUUCUUAUGAAAAUAAUAAAACAGAUGUUUCCUCAGCUGGCAUGGUUGUUAGUAAAACAGCAGAAACAGAUGUUCUUUUUAAUAAGAUGGAAUCAUCUGGAAGUAAUUAUCCAAAUGUUAAUACUUCGAGCAUUUCUUUCCAAAAUGAUGUGCAUAAUGAUAAAUCUAGAGAAAAUAAUAAUUGUUUAAAUCAUCAUACACUCGUUGGUGACCAUUAUGAUGAUCAUUUUAUUAUAGAAAAUUCUAGCAUUGAUAAGAAUACUAAAAAUACAUUGCAGGAGAUCCCGGUGAAUAAUGUAUCAUGUGAGGAAACCCAGAAGGAAUAUAGUGAAACUUGUUUUGUAGAUUCUGUUAAGCGUGCCCAAUCAGAAAAUGGCAAUAAAGGCCAUAUAGAUGAAAGUGGGGAAAAUGAAAAAGAAGCAGUUCCUGAGAAGUCUUUGGAAAUUUGUGCAGAUGACUGGAGCAAGGGAAAUGCACUCAAAAAUUCAAUGGGAGAAAACAUUGAACCUGUGAAAAUUUUUGUGCCUCAAGAAAGUUCAGCAUGUAAAGUAAAUGAGAAUGAUCCAAGCUCUGAACAAAACAAUCUCAAGGAAGGUUCUUAUAACAAAAAAUCAAAUGUGAUAGAUAACAAAUCAGGACAGCUUACCGCUUAUGAUUUAAUUAGCAAGCAUGUUAUCAAGAAGCCCAUGUCAGCAAGUGCCCUUUUCGUUCAAGAUCAUCGUGUUCAGUUUCUCACAGGAAAUUCUAAGGCCAGUUUGGAGGAUGCAACAACACAAAUUGAAGAACUGUGGAAGACAUUGAGUAAAGAGGAAAAACUGAAAUAUGAAGAAAGGGCCACUAAAGACUUGGAACGAUACAAUAGGCAAAUCAAGAGAGCCACUGAACAGGAGUCACAGAUAUCAUUACAAGAUGGCAGAAAAAAGAUAAAACCCAUAAGCUCAUGGAAUUUGGCACAGAAGCACAAGUUGAAAACGUCAUUGUCUAAUCAGCCAAAACUUGAUGAACUUUUUCAGUCCCAAAUUGAAAAAAAAAAGAACCAAAACAUUAAAACAGUUCAAAUUCACUUUUCUAUGGAAAACUUCAAAAAAAAUUUUGAGAAACCCAAGAAAUUUGAAGUAGAAGAAAAAGAUGAACUUUGUUUGAUCCACAAUCUCAAGUUUCCUGAUGCAUGGUUAAUUACAUCCAAAACAGAGGUAAUGUUAUUAAAUCCAUAUAGAGUGGAAGAAGCCCUGCUAUUUAAAAGACUUCUUGAGAAUCAUAAACUUCCUGCAGAACCACUGGAAAAACCAAUUGUAUUAACAGACAGUCUUUUUAGUGGAUCUCAUUAUUUAGAGAUUUUACAUAAAAUGACAGCAGAUGACCAAAGAUACAGUGGAUCAACUUACCUGUCCGAUCCUCGUCUUACAGCAAAUGGUUUCAAGAUAAAAUUGAUACCAGGAGCUUCCAUUGCUGAAAACUACUUGGAAAUAGAAGGAAUGGCUAAUUGUCUUCCAUUCUAUGGAGUGAUGGAUUUAAAAGAAAUUCUUAAUGCUAUAUUCAACAAAAAUGCAAAAGAAGUUUAUGAAUGUAGACCUCGAAAAGUGAUAAGUUAUUUAGAGGGAGAAGCAGUGCGUCUAUCUAGACAGUUACCCAUGUACUUAUCAAAGGAAGACAUCCAAGACAUCAUCUACAGAAUGAAGCACCAAUUCGGAAAUGAAAUUAAAGGGUGUGUUCAUGGUCGCCCAUUUUUUCAUCAUUUAACCCAUCUUCCAGAAGCUACAUGAUUGAAACAUGCUUAAGAAAAUUGGUUACUAUUAAAAUUGAUUUGGUCAUAAAAUAAUCUGAAUUCAUUUUUAAACCUCCUCUGUGCUGUGUGAAAUGGUUAUUUUGUAAGUGAAGAUUCACUGGUUUGUUUGUAUAUUGAAAAAAUUUUUUAACUGCGGAAAACUUAAAUAAACUAAUAUAGACUAUUCA